AGAAAGAAACAUCAUGCUUCGUUUCGGCGUCCAAGGCAGAUUCGUCAUCUGCGGUAAUCUAGAAAAAUGUCUGGACGCAACGGGAAACGUACGCGAUACCUGCAGUAUCGCCUUAAGGUCAAGGGUCAAACAAAAACACGCUUCGACAUCGCGUUUGAAUUGUUUGAUCGAUUCCGCGGUACCUAGUGCAACCGCCAACGCGAUUCAGACGCAAAGUUGCCAACUGUCGUCGUCGACGUCGGGCGUCAACGAGGUCCGGAAAACCUGUCUGUAUGACCUUCAUGUGGAAAAACAAGGAAAAGUCGUUAAUUUCGCUGGAUGGCUGUUGCCGGUGCAAUAUCGAGAGGCGAUCGCCGCGUCGCAUCAACACACCAGAUCGUAUGCGUCGCUCUUUGACGUCGGACACAUGAUGCAGACGCAUAUCAUCGGCAAAGACGCCGGAGAGUACUUGGAAUCGUUGACCACGUGCGAUCUGAAGAACUUAAAGAAUGGCGCCGCAACUCUGACGGUCUUCACUAACGACAUGGGUGGAAUUCUCGACGAUCUAAUCGUCACGAAAGACGACGAAGACAAAUACUUUGUCGUGUCGAACGCGGCAAGACGAAACGAAGAUAGUCAGCUUCUCCUAGAACGUCAAGAAGACUUCAAGAGAACUGGCAAAAACGUACGCAUAGACUUUCUGGACCCUCUGCAGCAAGGUCUAGUGGCUCUCCAAGGUCCCACAGCAGCCGCUGCUCUGCAAUCCUUGGUAAAGAUCGAUCUUCAAACUUUGAAGUUCAUGAACAGCGUAAAGACUGAGGUAGCCGGCAGCCAGGUAAGGAUUUCGCGAUGCGGAUACACCGGUGAGGAUGGCUUCGAGAUCUCAGUACUCGCGAAAGACGCUGUUAAUCUGGUCGAGAGGAUCCUGGAGAUUUCCCAUGUAAAACUAGCUGGCCUGGGAGCGAGAGAUAGUUUGAGGCUCGAAGCUGGACUUUGUUUGUAUGGAAACGACAUGAACGCGGAUACCACGCCAGUCGAAGCUGCCCUCACGUGGUUAAUAGCAAAACGACGAAGAGUCGAGGCCAACUUCCCAGGUGCGCAGCGAAUACUGUCGCAGAUCAAAACAGGCGCCGCGGAGAAACGAGUCGGGCUUCUAUUGGGUCAAGGUCCACCUGCCAGGCAAGGUGCGCCUAUAUUGACGCCGGAAGGUGAACGAGUGGGCAAAGUGACUUCCGGUGGACCAAGUCCGACUUUGGGUCGGCCGAUCGCCAUGGGAUAUGUACCGUCGGAUUUAGCGCAAUUUGGAGGCGGUGUGUUGAUCGAGGUCCGAGGAAAAACCUACAAGGCCACUGUAACCAAAAUGCCUUUUGUAAAAACAAAUUAUUACACUGCCAAAUGAUGUUCACGCUAAUUUUGUACAGCGAAAACUAAUUGACUUAGUGCAAAAUUGCAGAUUAUAUAGAGAGAUUAACACCGUAAACUGCAAAAAAGUUGAAAAUAAUUUUUCAGUUUUUAUACUAUAA